AUGUCCGCCAGAAAGGGCCAUCUUCAUCCUCCGUCGAAUUAUAACACAACGAUGACAUGCCCCAACAACCAAGCAGGGAAUUCGUUUUUCGUGGACUCUCUAAUAAACGUGAGAACCGACAGCGGUUCAUAUUACCAGAGUAACGGGGUGUAUUUGCCUCCUGCGUCGGAAUAUACCUAUGGACUCUCCGGUGGCUCCUGUUUCCCGGGGAUCGGUAAGCGCAACGAGCCGAGCACGCAGAGCCUGAUCCCGUCUUCUGCUCCGUAUGUCCACGGGAUGGAAACAUGGCUGGAAACGUCGAGAUCCUGUCGGGUGGAUCAGCCCGGCGGCCAGCAUAUGGGGCAGUGUUCCUUCUCACCGAAUAUUAAAGAGGAGAGCGCGUAUUGCCUUUAUGAGUCUGACAAAUGCCCCAAAGGACGAACGGUGGAGGACCUUUCCUACUCGACAGCAUCGUGCCCGGUUACCGGCAGCACUUUACCAGUCCCGGGCUACUUCCGCCUCUCUCAGACAUACGCGUCCUCCCGGCUUUACCAUGACGUCCAGCCCGACGUGAACCACUUUACCUUGCAACGACCUACCCACUUGGACAGCCGGCCCUCCCAGCUCCAGACUGCUUCUGCUGAGCUGGAGCGGAGGGAGAGCCACCAGGAGGCGCCUGUCCCCGAGCCUUGCGCCCCGGCCAAAGAGGAGGACAGCCGCCCCUCCACGGAGCGCUCAUCCUCCCCUGAGCCCGAUGAGACCUGCAGCGCGCAGUGUCCACAGAAGCCAGUCAAAGGAGAUGGAAAAAUGGAAAACACGGCCAACUGGCUCACAGCUAAGAGUGGCCGAAAGAAGCGCUGCCCUUACACCAAGCACCAGACCCUGGAGCUGGAGAAGGAGUUUCUCUUCAACAUGUACUUGACUAGAGAGCGUCGUCUGGAGAUCAGCCGCAGUGUUCACCUCACUGACAGGCAAGUCAAAAUCUGGUUCCAAAACAGGAGGAUGAAACUGAAAAAAAUGAGCCGAGAGAAUAGGAUCCGAGAGCUCUCUAGUAACUUUAGUUUCUCAUGAGACUGUCUGCGACUUUGGCGUCCUCCUCCAUCUCUGGAAUGGGCGCCUGUGCAGAGCCCCCAAACCUAACUGUGAGAAUAUCCAUGGAAAAAAAAGAGGGAUCCCACUGCUAACUUAUUGAUUGUUGUGCUUUCAUAUUUUCAAUUGCGUUUUAUUUAAUGGUGAAUGUAUAUUUAUAAAUUGCUUUAUUUGUAACGUUGAUUCAUUGUGUAUAAUGGUGUGCAAAAUGUGACCACGUGUGUUUCAGACCGUCAGGCUUUUACUUAUUGUAUACUCACCCUGAGUGGGCUUUGCAUGCAGGACUAACUCUUGUCACACUUACAUGUAAUGUGACAGAAAAGGAGCCCAAGAGGCUUGAGGAAUAUUUGCACAUUUCUUUCUGGUCAAAAUAAUAAACGCAU